AUGACUACACUAUCGACCUCAAGGGGCCUGGGGGCUCUGGCCGUCAGUGCGGUCUUCACGUCCUUGGCGACAAUGGUAGUCCUCAUUCGUGUCUAUACGAGAGCGUUCAUGGUGAAGCAGAUGGGAGCGGAUGACUAUGCCAUUUUAGCCUCCUUGGUAUUCUCAUGGGUCUUCUUUGGACUGUUUGUGGGAGAGGUGUACCAUGACAUGGGACAACGCUUCAAGCUUAUCCCAGAGGAUGUCUAUGUAACGCAAAUGAUUUGUUUCUGGGCCUCAGUCCCAAUCUACCAGUGUAGUCUCUUUAGCACCAAGAUCUCCAUUCUCCUUCAAUACCGACGACCUGCGCUAUUUUUCCUCGGAUUCAUCGUCGUCUAUGGAACAUGGUCAGUCAUCAGUGCCUGGGCCAAUUGCGUUCCUCUCGCCAAGUUCUGGGACCCAACAGUGCCGGGCUUCUGUUUCGACAAGAAAGCCUUAUGGUUCUCGAACUCCGCCAUUCACAUUCUCACCGAUUUGUUGAUUUUGACAUUCCCCAUGCCCGUCCUCAAGUCCCUCCAGCUCCCUAGAAAACAAAAGUUGGCCUUGAUGGGUUAUAGUGUUGUGAUCACCACCAUUCUUCGUCUUCACAGUCUACUCGUUAUUGCCAACUCCGAUGAUCCAACCUACGACAACACCGGCGCCGCCGCCUGGUCCGCCGUUGAAUGUAAUGUCGCCAUCAUCUGCGCGUCCCUCCCUAGCACCCGCGCAUUCCUCUCUCAACUACUCCCCCAUAUCUUCUCCACCGGCAGCAAUGGCUACCGCAGCAAGACCCGACCCUCCCGCACCGGGCGCAGUGCACUCACCGGCAACACCGGCAAUGGAAACACUCAAGUCAUGGCAUCCGUCAUUGGCGGUCGAGAGCCCGGGCGAGACGGCUACGACUUGGAUGACCUAUCCCUCGAUGGCUCAAUCCAUAGCUUCGAAAAGGAGCAAAAGAGUAAAGAUGAGACCUUUGCCGGUAUCAAGGUGACUACGCUCGUGACGCAAGAGUCGAAUGUCACGACUCUUGGGAGUCAUAAGACGGAAAGUGCCAGUGAGCUUGUUUGA